AUGCCAAAAGGUAGACCUCAUAAAAAUAUAAGUCUUUGUGCAGUAUGUGGCAAUAAUGACCUUCAAGAAAGGUUUCAUGUACUGAUGCCAGUUCUUUUGACCAAAGUUAAGCAAAAUAUAAAUAUUCUUGGUGAUGAAAUUUAUUUAUCACAAGAAAAUUAUAAAUAUUUAAUUAAAAAGAUUUUAAACGUGAAACAACCUAAAAGAGAGAUAUCUGAACUAAGUAUAAACAGCUAUAUUCGAAAUAAAAAUACAGAAAUUAAACAGUUUUCAGAGUACUUUAGUGAUCAGCAAGUGAGCAGUGCCAAAACUGCAUUGGGACUUUUUCUUGCAAAGUCUGGAGCCUCAGCUCAUUGUGUUAAUACAAUAACUAAUAUAGGAUUAUAUAUUACUUACCAAACAGCUUUUAAUAGAAUUAAUGGAAUAAGCAAUAAACAUCGAAUUAGUGAGAAAAAAUAUAUUCAAGCUCAUGUAAAUGAUUAUCAUAAUCUUCACGGAACUCAUAUUCCAUCAACAAAUUUUGCACAACAGAUUGUUCACUAUGCUACCAUAUUAUUCAAUACUAUUAAAUGCUUACCUAUUCCUUAUAAUUCUGUAUAUGGUUUUCCUAUUCACAAUCAUCAAGGCUUAAUUGAAAAUUUAACAAUUCAUUCUUAUAAUGCAGAUAUUAUUGAGAAGUAUCAUCAAAAUUUUAAUCAAACUAAAUUAAUAGAUUGUAUCGAAUUAGAUUUGAAGAAUACUAAAAAUUAUAUUGAGGCAGUAAAAACAUUUUUAAGUUUAUCAGAAGUAAUCAAGUAUUUAAUGAAUUAUGUUAUCCCACUUCUGGCAGACUUUCCUGGUUGGCUUUUAGUUAAAAAAUAUAUUACCAAGUCAUUUGAAACUUCUAAGGAUAUUGUAUAUAUUACGUUUUUAGAUUUAUUAGAUAAUUUAAUUCCUGCCACUUUGGAUAUAUAUAUGCAUUUAUUUCUCUUUCUUUCAGAUAUUCAAUAUUGGAAAAUAACUGAACAUCCAAUAAUUAAUAUUUUAAAAACUCAUUUGAAUGCGUUUGAUGAAUAUCCAAUUGAGAACUUUCACAGCUUAUUACAAUGUCAUACUAGUGCAAAAGUAACAAUAGGAAUGUCUUUAAGAAGAGAUGCAAUAUUUCUUGAUCAUUGUCGUCACGAAAAUGCAUUUGUUACAUCUUUUGAAGCAAAGCGUGAUUAUCCUUAUACAGAAAAAGAUCUGGAUAAUUUG